AAUACCUUGACUCCUAUUAUCGCCAUCAUAAUGAAAAUAAAGGCUUCAACAAGGGGAUUGACCACAACAAUUUCCAUUGAACUUUCCCAGAAAGAGAACACAAGAAGAAAUUGCAAAUAAAUUUGUGAUCCAUAAGAUAUACAAAUAAACUGAAUAAACAGAAGAUACAUAAUAUUUUGCUGACUAGAGUAGGAUGUAGCUUACAAUUUUAGCCAAAGAUGCCAUUGACCCAGUAGAAGAUGUUUUAACAUAUUGCUGGUGCGGCUAUCAAAUGGCACAUUAGUCACCUCCAUAUGUUAAUUAUUUAUUAUUAUUGUUGUUGUUGUUAUUUUGGUCCUUAUUUAGCUGUUUCUGUUGUUUGUAUUGGGUGUUCUUAGAAUCCUUCUACUUACUCACAACAGCAACUUCGGAUCUGCAAACUACAAGACAAUAAAGUUUAUGUUCUGCAGACAAACAUCCAUUACUACAAGCCAAAUGUGAAAAGAUCAAAUAUAGAAAAACACCAACUAGGUCGGUCAUCUCUUUCAGGAGACCAGAAUAAACAAACUACAUAAAAGUAACACAAAAAGAACCCAAAUGGUAGCUCCUUCUAUAAGUUUAGUUUUAAUAGUGUGAAAAGGGUAUGCUACUUGAUUUGAGAGCUGAUAAGAGAGAAAAAUGGCAAUGAAAACUACUAUGAAUGGAGGACAUGGACAUUACAGCUACACCCGCAAUUCUUUGGGGCAUGUACUCAAAAUAUGUGUAUAUAUAAUUGACCUAUAGUUAGCUUGGGUUAAUAAGGAUUUUGAAAUUUUUUUUUUCUUGUUUUUUUUUUUUUCUGUAGAGACAAGGGUUGGAGCUGAUGAAGGACUUGAUAAACAAAGGAAUUGAUGAAAAGCUUGAUGUGGCUAAGCUCAUGUCAUCUUCUUCUUCCUUUUCUCCAAAAAUAUUCAGGGUUGCUGAUCUGGGAUCUUCUGUUGGGCCUAACACAUACUUUGCUGUGCAAAACAUUAUAAAUUCUGUGAAACUCAAAUAUCAAGAAACUGAUGUUGAGUUUCAAUCAUUUUUCAAUGACCAAAUCUCUAAUGAUUUCAAUGUUCUCUUCAAGAAUCUUCCUUCUGAAAGGGAAUACUUUGUUGCCGCUGCGCCUGGUCCUUUUCAAGGUGGCUUGUUCCCCAAGAAUUCUAUUCAUUUUGUCCACUUCUCCUAUUCAAUCCAUUGGCUCUCAAGUGUUCCAGAAGAGUUAGUAGACAAUGAUUCAUCCGUGUACAAUAAGGGGAAGAUCUAUUACACAAGUGCCUCGAAACAAGUUUUCGAAGCUUACACAGCUCAAUUUGCUAAAGACGUCACAUCUUUUCUCAUUGCCAGGGCACACGAGGUUGUCCAUGGAGGGCUUAUGGCCUUAUUGAUGCCUUGCUUUCCAGAUGGCACUCCUCAUUCACAGCGCAACGUUGAAGCCAUGUUUGAUUUACUUGGAGACAGCCUCAUGGAUAUGGUCAAUGUGGGAUUAGUUAGUGAGGCUAAAGCGGACUCCUUCAACUUGCCAAUGUACCACACAAGUCCACAAGAAUUGAAGGGGGUUGAUUGAGAAAAAUGGUUAUUUUAGCAUUGAGAGAAUGGAAAACAUACACCUUAGUUGGACUCAAGUUGACGCUUCUUUCAUUAAGAAUUUGAUACAGCACUUAAGAGCUGCUUUGGAAGGAAUGAUCAGGGAACACUUUGGUAAUGAUAUAGUUGAUGAGCUUUUCGAUCAGUGCACCAAGAAAAUCAUGGACUCUUUCAUCUUUUCAGAGCCAGAAAAGUAGAAGUCUAGGUCUGAAUUGUUUGCCCUUCUCAAGCGAAAUGGUGAUUGAUCAUGAUUGAGGUCUUCUCAUCACAGUUUCUAUGAUCUUUAGGUUCUUCUGAAUCAAUAUACUGUAAGUGUCAGCUGGUCUACACUUACCUUAUAAUUUUCUGUCUGUGAAGAACAUAAUUAGCAUGUUGUAUUCAUUACCCUAUCUUCA